AUGGCUUGUCUGCUGCGCACGACGGCCGAGACGGCCGCGUGGCUCCGUGAGCUCUACGCAUUGACCAAGACGAACGCCUUUGGCGCGUGCAAGGCAGCGCUGGCAGCGGCCAUGACGGACGUGCCACCAAUGACGGCAGCGUCCCGCCUCGUGGCGCUGCUUGUGGUGCUGUGGCACGAGAGUAGUGGCGACCUGCCGCUCGCGUACCUCGCGCUCAUGGCAAUGGACGAGACCCGGUGCUGGGAAGAGCACGUCGACGACACCGUUGUCGAGACACUCGUCGCCCACGUGCUUGAGGCCAUCGCACGUGCCAGCAUCGAGGAAGCCAAAGUCGUCGUCAAGGCUAUCGAGGUGUUUUCACUCAUGUCACGCAUCGUCGAUGCAAGCGUCUGUGUCGACGACUACGUGACGUCGCUCCUGGCGGUCCCCGCGGGCCAAACGAGCGCGAUCAAGCUCAUUGCGCUUCGUCCAACGUACACAUGGCCCUACGCAGCGGUUCUAACGACGCUCGUGGAGACGAAAAGCUGGCCCUUGGCCGACCAGCUCCUCAAGCAAACGCAAUUCUCUCUCGCACCAGAGACGCACCAUGACCUCUGCGCGACGGCAAUUGCACUGGCGGUGGCUGCAAGCGAUAUGAAAAGAGCCCACCGACUCGUCCACGCGUACGGUCUCGUCGAUCGGUUCCCGGACGUUGAGGUGGCCUUCCGGUCCGAGUCGCUGCAAAAGCUGUGCACGCAGCGCAAGUGGGCCGCCGCCGCGUCCUUUGUCGGACGCAACACCAGCCUGCAGAUGAUGCUGUUGAAAAAAGCGGUUGCCGCUGGCAAUGUGGAGCUGGCGCGGGAGUGGCACCAGCGGUUCAACUUGCCGGCUGAGGCGUUUCCAGUUGCAGCCCCCACAACGACGGCAAUCAGCUACGUGGCGCUGCCCGGCACUGUGGCCAUCGAGAUCUGCGAUGCGCAAGACGACCUGCAGGCGCUUCAGGCCUGUCUCCGCGAGGCGCUCCAGACGACGACGCAGCCUGUGCUGGUCGGCGUGGAUCUGGAAUGGAAGCCCGUUUACUCAAAAGGAGAGAGCUCCCUCGCGAGCCUCCUCCAGGUCGCACUCGUAGACCGCGUCUUCCUCAUCGACUUGGUCCACAUUGAGGGUCAUUUGAACGCUAUCGACGUUGUCCAUUGGAUGCUGGCCGAACCGCGGUUUCUCAAGCUCGGCUUUGGCUUCGAGACCGACGUGCGCGUUCUUGCCGACACGUUCCCCGAGGUGCUGCCCAUCGUGACCGUACAGUCGCUGCUCGAGAUCGACACGGUUUUGCACCACUUUUGCCCGACCGCGACCGCCAAGAGUUUGUCUGACGUGGUGGAAACCGUGCUGGGACUGCCGCUGGACAAGACCCAGCAAGUCUCGAAUUGGGAUGCACGACCCUUGUCGCUGGACCAGCAAAUGUAUGCUGCGCUGGACGCGUGGUGUCUCGUCCACGUGACUGAGCGCUUGGCGGUCGGCGCCGCGGCCGACUGGUUCGAGCCGCUCACGACGACACUGCGCGUCACUUCGUCCUUGUCUGCCGACGUGGCGACUCGUCGACGGGCCCGGUACGAGCUCCAGCAUCGACUGCCAACGUCGCUGGCGAGGCCUGGUGCCGCCGUUGCCGCGCUCUUGGCGUCGACGCCAGACGCCCACGUCGUCGUGUCGCAGCUCUCGGAGGUCGAUCUGACGGCGAACCACGUUGUCGCCGCCAACACGCUCUGUGUUUUUGCCAACCAGCAACCGAUGGUGGCGCUGCUGCCGCAAACGACGAAGCUCGAUUUGGGCGCCUUGGCGACUGCGACGGGUGCCUCCCGCCGGUUCGUGCGGCUCGCCAAAGCUACCGAGUGUAUCGAUAUCUUUGGCUACGCACCGGGUUGUGUCCCGCCCAUCGCGCAUCGUCAGGCCAUGCCGUUGCUUGUUGACAGCUCGCUGGACGCAGAAACGACACUUGUCGUGGGCAGUGGAAAACACCAUGUGGUGCUGCAGCUGUCGCUGGCGACGCUUCGGACUCUCGUCGACGUCCGUAUCGUACCGUUGUCCAAGGCGUCGGCUGCCGACAUGGAGGCGACGAACGCCAAGUUCCUCGUGGAUGCGCACUUGGGCAAGCUCGCCCGCUGGUUGCGCAUGCGCGGUAUCGACAGCGUUCAGUUCACGCAAGGCGAGAACAAUCGCGACGCCCUACUGGACCAAGCGGCAGCGGAGGCGCGCAUGGUGCUCACGACCGACCGUCGCCUUGCGGCGCGCCGAAGCGCCGCGCCAUGCUUUCUACUGACGACGACGGAUCCGCGCGACCAGCUUCGCCAAGUGCUCCAGCACUUUGGCUUGGGCCAGCAGAGCUCGGUGGCACCGAGUUUUGUCCAUCCGCGCUGCACCCAGUGCAACAACGAUACGUUCACGCUGGUCGACGCCGCCGCCGCGCAGACCAAGCAGGUGCUUUCCGCCACCACCCUUGCGUCGGUAACCGAGUUUUGGGUCUGCAACACGUGCAACAAGGUGUUUGGUCGGCGUGGAAGCGCUUUCAAGACGUUCGCUUCCAGGGCGUGA